CAUCAUCCGUCCCAGCCAAACCAGAGCGGGUUACACGGCAUCUAUUUGCGAGCCUUCUGCACAGGUCUCGAUUCAGUGCUGCAGCCGUAUCGACAGGCGCUGCUUGACCUAGAACAAGAGUUUCUGGCUGACCCGCAUCUUUCCAUCUCACAUGUUAAUUAUUCCUUGGACCAGUUUCAGCUGCUCUUCCCCUCGGUGAUGGUCAUGGUGGAACAGAUCAAGACUCAGAAGAUUCAUGGGUGCCAGAUAUUGGAGACAGUCCACAAACACAGCUGUGGGGGGCUGCCUCCUGUUCGCAGCGCUCUCGAGAAGAUCCUGGCUGUGUGUCACGGAGUCAUGUACAAGCAGCUCUCCGCCUGGAUGCUGCACGGAUUGCUGCUGGACCAGCACGAGGAGUUCUUCAUCAAGCAGGGCCCCUCUUCUGGGAGUGUGCCUAGCCAGCCUGAAGAAGACGACGACGACCUGGGAAUUGGGGGGCUUACAGGAAAACAGCUACGAGAACUGCAGGACCUGCGCCUGAUUGAGGAGGAGAACAUGUUAGCUCCGUCUCUCAAGCAGUUUUCCCUGCGGGUGGAGAUGCUGCCUUCCUACAUUCCUGUGCGGGUGGCUGAGAAGAUCCUCUUUGUGGGAGAAUCUGUCCAGAUGUUUGAGAAUCAGAACGUCACCCUGACCAGGAAAGGUAAGGAGCAUCCUUCCUGCCGCCUGUGCCUGGGACUGAGUGGCUGGGGGGGGGGCAGCAGCCGUCGGUGCUGGCUGAGAGCCCAGAAUCCGCUCUUCAGUUUGGUGGACUUCGAGUCAGUGGUUGACAGGAUACGGAGCACUGUUGCUGAGCAUCUGUGGAAGCUGAUGGUGGAGGAGUCGGAUUUACUAGGACAGCUGAAGAUUAUAAAAGACUUUUACCUUCUGGGAAGAGGGGAGCUGUUCCAGGCCUUCAUUGACACUGCACAGCACAUGCUGAAAACCCCACCCACGGCUGUGACUGAGCACGACGUCAACGUGGCGUUUCAGCAGUCUGCCCAUAAGGUGCUCUUGGAUGACGACAACCUCCUUCCUCUGCUUCACUUAACCAUCGAGUAUCACGGAAAGGAGCAUAAAGAUACUUCUCAGACUCGUGAGGGGCCUUCCCGGGAGUUAUCGCCACGUGAAGCCCCCGCAUCGGGAUGGGCAGCUCUGGGCCUUUCUUACAAAGUCCAGUGGCCGCUGCACAUUCUCUUCACUCCUGCUGUUCUGGAGAAGUACAACGUUGUGUUCAAAUACCUGCUGAGUGUGCGGCGAGUCCAGGCCGAGCUGCAGCACUGCUGGGCUCUGCAGAUGCAGCGCAAACACCUGAAAUCAAACCGAACUGAUGCCAUCAAGUGGCGUCUGCGGGACCACAUGGCAUUCCUUGUGGACAAUCUUCAGUAUUACCUGCAGGUGGACGUACUGGAAUCUCAGUUCUCACAGCUUCUGCAGCAGAUAAAUGCCACGCGAGACUUCGAGAGCAUCCGACUGGCUCACGACCAUUUCUUAAGCAACCUCUUGGCUCAGUCUUUCAUCCUCCUAAAGCCUGUUUUCCACUGCCUGAAUGAAAUUCUGGAUCUUUGCCACAGUUUUUGUUCCCUGGUCAGUCAGAACCUGGGCCCGUUAGACGAACGG